CAUAUUUUAUAUAAUCCAUCCACAGCGGAAAAGUGUCAGCGCCACCUGGAAAGAAAUGUAGUAAGAUGGCUUCCAGGACUUUUAAGCAAGAAAUGCCCCCGAAAGGGGGGUUUGGUCCUAUUGAAUGGACCAAAGGUGUACCCAAACCAAAAUGGAGUGGGUAUAAGCAGUUCUCUGUAUUUACUGGCUUUACUCUGGCAUCCUGGGCUAUUUGGUAUCGAGGUGAAUUAGUAAGAAGGAGAGAAAUGUUGGAAAUGAGGGAAGCAAGAAUUGCAGUUUAUCCAUUAAUUGAAGCAGAAAGACACAGAUUAUAUUUGAUGCAUUGUAGAAAGAAUCGUGAUGAAGAAAACGAACUGAUGAAAAAUCAUCCUGGAUGGAUUACCGGAACGUUGUACGGAAAACGUCCUUAUCAUAAUGUUCGCGGUCGGUUUAUUGAUCAAUCAUGCGAAAGUUUUUAUGCUCAUAAUAAACCUAAAGAUAUGAUUGAAUCAACAGACAGUAAAUUUUACCAUGAUCUAUGGAAAUAAUUUAACGUAUUAGUGAAGUAUACAGAGACAUGGCUUAAUUGUUUUCUGGGUAUUUAGAAAUUGAAAUGGAAAUAAACAAUUCUGUAGAAUACACAUACUGUUUAUAACUGAUUGACUAGCUAGAAUUCUCAAGUAAUUGACACAAUUGAACUGGAAUUACGGAAGAGGACGGUAUUCUAUAGAAUACGAUUAUUGUUGUUUAUUACUGAGUGACUAGCUAGGAUUCUCAAGCAAAUGACCCCUAUGUAUAAGCGAAUUAUUGAAAUAAAAUUGAACCAUAUAUAUUAGUCCUGAAAUAACCUAGUUAAGUGGAGGUUAAACGCCAUUUCUCACCUCUCUCUGGGUAAUAAACCGUAAUUGUAUUCCAUUGAAUUGUGGUCCUCUGAUGUGUCGUCACUACUGGCCCACCCCUGUCUUGUAGUGAUGCCCUUGUGUAUAAUAUCUAAAGAGUGUGGUUAUUAUUAUAACAUCCUGGACAGAUCCCAACAAUGUUCAGUGUUCUAUUAAAACCCUUGUUUUAGUAUGUAAGGGUGUUGCUAUGACAACUGAUGCAGCCCUAAUAGUUUCCUUUUUUUCUUUUCGAAUAUUUUAUGAUGGACAUCUACAGGUGAUUUUUGUAACAUCAAAUAUUUUCUGUUGAUGAUUUUGAGUUGAAAGUGCUGUUAGUUGAAUACCUGAAUCUAAAUUAAUAAAUAAUAUUAUAUUGA